CAUGAAGCUUAUCAAGAAUUCUACCUCGCUGGGAUUCCAGAAUGUCCUGCAUGUAAAUGAAACCCGUACAAGGUUCAGAGGCUGGCUGGUGAGACGGGUCUGCGGGUUGCUUUUCGUUCAGGAGCGCAAGGUGUACCCCAGCCCAGCUGGAGACAGAGCAGAGCGGGUGCUCUGCUGCAGCAGAGUUCAGAGCUUCAUUUCCUCUGGAGGGCCAGCAGGGGGCGCGGUGGCAGAAGGGAGCUCUCACAGUGGGGAGACUGCAGUGGUGGCCAGGAGGGGGCAGGCUGUGCAGAUUCUGGAGGGGAUUAAAACCUCAAUCUCCCCUCCUUUACUCAGGCUAGCUGGGUGGAUCCUGCUGAAGCUUCUCUGCUGCGUGUUUGCGAAUGUGCAGGUCAGCUUGAACCAGCUGGCAGCGCUGCACAAAGCUCCACAGCUGCAUGGAGCUCCGCUGGUUUUCGUCUCCGUUCAUAAGUCCAGUCUGGAUUACGCACUGGUGCCACUGGUCCUGUUCUGUCACAGUCUGAGGGUUCCCUACAUGGUCAGCAGCACAGACCUGAAGCACACCUGGCUCAGGCCCAUCCUGCAGAAAAUGGGUGUGAUCUUCACGCCACGCUGUCCCAUGGGGAAGGAGGACACAGAGACUGGCGCUCUGCAGAGUGCUGUGUUGAGCUCGUUUGUCUCUGAGCUCCUGUCUGAGGGGCAGCACCUCCUGCUGUUCAUGGAGGAGCCUGGCUGUGUUGAGCGGCGCCCGUCUCCCUACAGCGCGCAGUGGCUGUCCUGGGUUCGAGAGGCAGUGUGCUGCGGAGUUGUGCCUGACGUGGCGCUGGUACCAGUGGGCAUUGCGUACGACGCACCAGUGGAAGGGCUGAGAGGCUCUCGACAGCAGGCCCCUCGCUGUGGUGGGUUUCUGUCCCUCCUUCGCUCCUCUCUCUCUCUCCUGGGCAGGAGUCACAGCUGUGUGCGUCUGGACUUCGGGCAGCCCUUCUCACUCAAGGAGAUGAUGAGCAGUGGGCGUCUGCCAGUCAGAGGGCUUCCCCUGGAGGACAUUCUGCUGCCAGCCGUGAUGGGAUCCAGGUCUGACUCCCUGUUUGCAGAUAAAUCCCUCGGUUGGGUCCUGCCAGCAGCAGCCUGCCCACAACUGGAGGAACAGGAGCGCCAUCUGGUGGCCAGCCUCUGCAAGCAUCUCCUGUACUCGGCCACUUCCUGUUCUGCCGUCAUGUCCACAUCCAUGCUGUCCUGCCUGUGCCUGCACAGACACCGCAAGGGCGUGGGAGUGCCACGGCUGGCUCGUGAUUUCUCCUGGCUGCUGGAGGAGGUCCUGUUCAGGAAUCGGGAUGUGGGGUUCGGGGGGAGCCUCCCUGAGGUACUGUGCCACUCCAUGACCCUGCUGCGGGACAGUCUGGUGCUGUGCACACCCCCCUCCGCCCCCGCCCCUCUCGUCGCACCCCGGAGCACUCCGCAGGCAGCCAUGACCCUCUCCCAGCACUGUGGGGCACUGCAGCACCUCUUCAUACACGAAGCAGUCGGGGCCUGUGCUGUCAGCGCCAUGCUGUCUGAGAUGAUGGACUGUGUGAACUCUGAGGAGAUGGACUUCGACGUGGCGCUGUGCCAGGAGGAGCUGACAGAGCGAGCGGCACAGCUGUGCCAGUUGCUGCCCAGCGAGGCCCUGCUGCUGCCACCCUGUCAGUCGGUCUACAGUUUUGCUCAGGAUUCGAUCGACAGUCUGGUGCGCUGUGGGAUCCUCGUUAUGGAGGAGCUCCCUCGAGAGCGCCCCCUGUGUGACCUGUGGAGUAGGCAUCAGGCUCUGCUGUGGAAGUCCUUCGAUGACCUCUCGAACAGUGACAGCGACUGCGAGGAGCCGCAGGACCGCCGGUCCUACAAGCUGAACCAGCCCAAUCACUGCCCAGACUUCUUCUUCUUCCUGUGCAGUGUCCUCAGCCCCCUGCUGAGGGCGCUGUCCUGGUCUGUCUCUGGACUCCAGCACCUCUACUCCCCGCUCACAGAGUUGGAGUGCAUUGAACGCAUGCAGGGAUUCCUCCUUGACAAGGCCCACGGAGAGUCAUCUUUUUUUGAAAGUGCUACCCUUGAGAUGGCUGCCACAGCAGUGUGGACUUUAAAAGACUUGGGAGUUUUGAAAGAAGAGCCCGGGGAGAGGGGAGCUGUGUGUUUGCGACUCAGUGAAGCCUUUCAGCAGCCAGAGGCCCAGGGGAAGCUGUGCAGGUUUAUAGCACGGUUCCUGUGCCACUGAACAGGGUGAAGCUGUGCAGGUUUAUAGCAUGGUUCCUAUGCCACUGAGCACAUCAUGUUCGGCAGGGCGCAGUGGUUCUGAGCUCUGGUUCGGGUUCCUGUUCAGUUGGUCUCAACCAGCGGUGGAAAAACUUUGUUCCUUCCAGUCCUAGUCUUUGUUUCAGCCCUGUUCCUAAAUUGUAUAAUUGAACCAAUGAAACCUCCGUCCAGUCCCUGAAGUAUUUCAUUAUCUCAUUUAACCUGUUAAACCUGGAGUGGAAUGGCCCUCCAGAAAAAAAAAAAAAAAAAAACAUUUCUAUAACGAUGCGUCUUCAAAGUAUGCCAGGUUUGGAGCUGUUCUGCAUGUUUGUAAGUGUUCAGUCUCUACCUCCUAAUCAAGUUGAGUGUAUUUCUCACGCACUGUUUGCUGUUUCUGUCAUACACAAAGUGCAAGAGAAAGCAUACUCUAAACUUGAUUAGAGGCGGCCGCCAAACACUUAAACAUAGAAGUCAUUCAGUCUAAAUUUAAAAAAAGAAAACCGGCAAAACCCUGAUGUUAGCAUUCUUAAUGAUUGAUAUAGCGCCUGUUCAGAGUGCUUUGUCAUUGACACUUAUUAGAAGUGUAUCUGUUGCUGGGGACGUGACUCAGAAUGGAUAUACUUUCUGUUCCUUCCU